AGCUGAGAUCAAUGAACCUUCUCAUGACUUCUAUCUCGAUACUGGUGUAUCCCAUCUAUAUCUAACCGCACCAUCAAGCAGAGCGCCUACGUUCUAGACACAUUUCCCGCGCCCGUCGAGCCUUACACCCCAUCAUGCCUCGAGGUCCGCCUCCAAUCCUCAUCCUCAUCUCCGCCAUCGCUCUGUUCGUCUGGUACGUAGUAUGGACGGCCGGACCUCCGCGGGACAUGAGCGCAUUCUCCUACUCCGACAAAAUCCAAGACAAGCUCAAGUCCAAGUUCCCGCAACAGAAAGUUCCCACGGUAGAAACCGAAGUCGUCCACGGCGAGCAUGUGAUGGGCAAGCUCGGCAACGAGACUCUCAAAGCAGAACUAGGCCGCGCAGCUUGGAAAGUCCUACACCACACGAUGGCCCGGUUCCCUGACAAGCCGACGGACGAUGAGCAGGACGCGCUCAAGAACUACCUCUUCCUCUUCGCCCGCCUGUACCCGUGCGGCGAAUGCGCCGAGCACUUUCAGGCGAUUCUCAAGAAAUACCCCCCACAGACAUCCUCGCGGUCCAGCGCUGCGGCAUGGGCGUGCUUCGUGCACAAUCUGGUUAACGAACGCAAGGGGAAACCCAUCUUCGACUGCGCCAACAUCGGCGACUUCUACGACUGCGGCUGCGGCGACGAUGAGAAGGAGGCCAUGUCCACUGCAGGGGCGAAGAGCAGUGCCAUUGCACAGGGCAAGCCCGCGAGCCAUGAAGCUGUGGAAAUUGAGGUUGAGGGACCAACAAGAGGUGGUUGAAAGAUCCAGAAUUGCGCUCAGUACAUUGCUUGGAACUAUAUGACUGGAAUGGCCUUGGUGGGCAUAUCGUGAAUAUCCACGUAGACCAAAAUCGGUGGUGGCCUCCCCAUUCAGCACAUUUAUGCUCCGAUCAGAAAGGCGACUCACAUCUGUCCUCUUGGAUGCGCCCAUACAUACGCUGCUCCCGACCCUCUAGUCGUACUGCCAGGAAAGCACCGACUUGAGCCUCCUUUGCGCAGCACGGACUGGCUCUUUUCCUCAAAGUCAAUCGUCGAAUGAGUCGCUUAUACACAUUCUUGUCGUCUUUGACAGGGGUUACCGGUGAUGUCAAAACUUGCUGAGGAAUGGGCGGCUCGAUGGGGGAUAUUGGUGUGCAAGGCUCCAAAGAUUUGUCCUCAUGGAACGGGUUCAGAGUCCGAUAUCCGACGUCCACGAAACAUCUGCUCGGGAUGUGCCAGGUGUCAUUGAAAGCAAUUUCCGGGGUCGGCAUGUGUACGGAUGGCAUGCCACGAUUGGCGCAUUUCUUGCAUGGAUAUCGAAGGUAUACGUUGAAGUCGUGGACUUUGCAGCCUCGGACACUGGGCGAGUCGCAGAGUGUGUUGCGGAAGCGGUGUGUUGCUGGAUGGGAGCACAAGAAAAGGUAGCGCCUCGUUGUGCACAUUGUCGGGCUGAGGGUGUAUUGUUGGUGGACGACCAGCCAAAGCAGCCGGCGUUCAGCGUUCUGUGCUUAGCGGUUAGUGCUGUCCGACUGUUUAUCUGGUCAUCAGGAGGGAUUUUCUGGCACUGAAUGAGUGUUCUCAACCGGAGGGGUUGUAAGGUGUAGUGAAUGCUGACAGACAGAUCAAUCAGCUGUUAAUUAAUGAGAGAAUUGAAGCAAGUAUA